UUUUUUUUUCUCUUUCUUUAUUACCUUCUCUUUUUAUAAAUCAUAUAUUAUUACACACAUAUCAUGAGACUUAUCACUCACAACAUGUUACAGUGCCACGUUAAGGACUGCAAUACAAAUAACUUUCCUCUCCGAUUUGAAGAUGCUGAAGUGGAAUUGAUUGAAGCAGAUUACAACCCUACCUUUUUGGUCAAUAUGCUUCCAAAGAUAGAAUGGGAAGCUCUUGCUAAUACUGCUGUUCAGCUUGGUAUCAAUAAUGUUCCUUCUCAAGUACCAGAGAACGCUGCUGAAAAUGAAGAAUUUUUGAAAGCUUUACACAACUUGUUACUUGAAACUCAUGUACAACAAGGUAAAAUGGUAUGCAAUAAUUGUCAGCAUGUUUACAAUAUCAAGGAUGGUAUUCCCAAUAUGCUGUUAGCUGAACACGAAAUCUAGAUAUAGACCCACCUUCUGUCUCUCACUCUCUUUUUUUUUUCAUUAUACAUACUAUCAUCAUUCCCUCUUCUCUCUUGUUUUUUUUUUUUAUUCUCUACAGUCUUGUUUCUUUUUUAUUAUUAUUAUUCUGCAUGCUUGUCAACUAAUAAAGAAUAUGUACAUCAACAAUAUAAA